UAUAAGGGUCGUUCAUUUCUCCACCUCAACAAAGUCACCGUACAUUUGCAUUCUAGUACCAUCUUCAACCAGGGUCCUUUCUUGUCAUUGUCAAAUCCCAGAAUUAACUUGACAAUAUGGCGGGAGAAAAGAAUGGAAUUGCCAAGGAUGUAACUGAAUUGAUCGGUAACACUCCUUUGGUGUACCUGAAUAAUGUUGUGGAUGGGUGUGUUGCUCGCGUUGCUGCUAAGCUGGAAAGCAUGGAGCCAUGCUCUAGUGUUAAGGAUAGGAUUGGUUAUAGUAUGAUUACAGAUGCUGAGGAGAAAGGCCUGAUCAAACCUGGCGAGAGUGUCCUCAUUGAACCUACAAGUGGAAACACUGGAGUAGGAUUGGCAUUUAUGGCUGCUGCUAAAGGCUACAAACUUAUCAUUACGAUGCCUUCUUCAAUGAGUCUUGAGAGGAGAAUUAUUCUUCGUGCUUUUGGUGCUGAGUUGGUGCUUACCGAUCCAGCAAAAGGGAUGAAAGGUUCUAUUCAGAAGGCUGAAGAAAUAAAGGCCAAAACACCUAACUCCUUUAUUCUUCAGCAAUUUGAAAACCCUGCAAACCCAAAGGUACACUAUGAGACCACUGGUCCUGAGAUCUGGAAAGGCUCAAAUGGGAAAGUAGAUGCUCUCGUCUCUGGAAUUGGAACAGGAGGCACAAUAACAGGUUCAGGCAAGUAUUUAAGAGAGCAGAACCCCGACAUAAAGCUCUAUGGUGUGGAACCAGUUGAAAGUGCUAUUCUUUCUGGAGGAAAGCCUGGUCCACAUAAGAUUCAGGGGAUUGGUGCUGGUUUCAUUCCUGGUGUUUUGGAAGUUGGUCUUAUUGAUGAAGUAAUUCAAGUUUCAAGUGAAGAAUCCAUAGAAACCGCAAAGCUUCUGGCCUUGAAGGAAGGUUUACUUGUGGGCAUAUCAUCUGGUGCUGCUGCUGCUGCGGCAAUCAAACUUGCUAAGCGCCCUGAAAAUGCUGGGAAGCUCAUUGUUGUUGUUUUCCCAAGCUUCGGGGAGCGAUAUCUUUCCUCUGUCCUCUUUGAAUCUGUUAGACGGGAAGCAGAGAACAUGACCGUGGAGCCUUGAACAUUUUGUCCUUCGAUUACCAUACCAUAGUCUCGAGAGGGUUUUCCGAUCAAAACAGAAUGUUCUUGUCUGAACCUUUUCCCUUCCUGUUUGCUGAAACUUCUAAAAAUAAGGCCUUUUUCUUUUCUUUAGGGGCCAUUCAAGUAUAUCUUAGUGCUUUUGUAUUUUUACUGUUUCUACAACACUUGUGACAGUGGAUUUAUAACAGGAAUUUCAAGAGCUGUUGCUGCUUGUUGAUUGAA